AUGAGCAUGACGCCCCGGUACGCCGCGGACCUGAUGUUGGAGCCGUCGGUUCAGGAGAAGGAUCAUUCUUUGGUGUUUACCAACUUUUUGUUGCGUCAGAUUGCCGUGUUGGACGAACAGGGUGCCUGGGAAUGGAGUCUUCGAUGGCAUUCCUUCUACUGGUUCCUCGUCUUUGCCGUCAUUCGACUCGUCAUGAGAAAACGAGGCGGAGUCGAUUGGUAUGCUCUGACGCAUGGUGCUGUUACCGGAAUUGGGGGAUUGGCAUGUGCCUAUCUCAGCUUUGUGUCGGCUGAAUCACUCACAGGGACUCCAGAACCCCUUGGCUCGGUACUCUGCCACGGUCCCUUGACGAGUCUGCAUCGGAUUCUACCCACGGCCAGUGUCGGAUAUUCCGUCUUUGAUCUCAUUGAUGGAAUUCAUAUGGGACCCGCAUUUAUAGCGCAUGGCUGUGCCAUGUUUUUGUUUUCAUUCUACAUUGUAGAAGUCAACAUGCCACAAGUCCUUGCCGUCAUGUUGGCAUUGGAGUUCUCGACCAUCUUUUUGAAUUUCGUACGAUGCGAGUUUUUUACUCCCGCCAUGGCCAUGGCCAACAUGCUGCUAUUCGUCGUGGCAUUUUUCGCCGUACGCAUCGUAUACGGACCCUACGCCAUUUAUCAACACUCUUACUACCUGUACACUGCGGGAAGAACCAAUGAGGCAUCCGCAUGCUUGCCGACGGGAUUUGAUCAUGUCAUUUUCAUCACGGGCAUGUUCUUUAACGUGCUCAAUGCCUUUUGGUUCUACAAGAUUCUGAAAAAGUUGCAACGAAAACUAAACGGAACGGAAGGCAUCAAGGCAUCCAAUGAAUUGGGGCCCGCCAAGGAUAAAAAGGAACAGGAUUGA